AACAAAACAAAGAAAUAACAAAUAAUGACCUUGCAUGGUAGCAUUUGGACAAAUUAGAUUCAAAUCUUAUUCCUGAAGCCUUCAGGAAUAUAAGACAGCACUUUAUGCCAUAAGGUUAGAAUUUAGCCUAACCAUUCUUACCUUUUCCAAUCUUCUUGUUCAUUUUCUGGUUCUUCUUUUCUUCUUCCCUUCACCAUUCCCUUAAUAAGGAUCAACUUUCUCUUCAUGCAUGCUACUUCAGAAAUUUGAUCUGUUACUGAGAAACUCUUCUUGCCAUCUUUGUUCAAAUCUUGUGGGAACGUUUGGAGUGUCUAUAAAUGAACGAGUACAGGAUUGAUUGUGUUGGACGGAUUCAACAAAGCUAUGGUCUAAAUGGGGAUUUGAGUUCAGAGUUUGGCAAUUGUUCUAGUCAAUGUUUUGAUAUAAUACAGGCUUCACAUAUGGGAACUUGCAAUCAGCCACUUGCUAUGGCCAGUGGUGGAUUUGAAGAGGAACCACACAUAGGCCAAACCAAAUCAUCUAGCAGCAUUAUAAGCCGUUUUGAAUCACCAGCUUCAGCCUUUUAUGCAACAGAAAUCUGCAUGGGAUUCCCACAAUAUGAUAGACUAGUUGGUAACCCCUCUUUGAUAUCUCAAUUCUCUAAGAUCAGUGAUGCGGAAUUCCCUUUGUAUCAAUCUCCAAGGCAAAACCAUUUCUUGGCUUCAUUGGCAAACCAACCUGCCCCUAACUUUGAGUUGUCAAAUCCCUUGCAAGCAAUGCUCUUAUCCCAUGUGAAUAGCGAUCAAUGUGUUAGAUCUCCUGAAAAGUCUAAUAAAAUCUCAUCUGGGAAUUUCCCUGGCAGCAGUUUUCUUCCAAUUGAACAACCCAAGUUGUUCAUUGAUGAUGCUUCAAGCCCUUCGGUUCCUUGUAUAGGAAAUCAGGAUCAAAGAGAUUGUUGUGGCUCAUACAAUUUACCUGCUGCACAGAUUAGCUUCUCUUCUCAGCAAGAGAUGCUGUCACCAACACUCUCAGCAGGUAGUUUGCUAACUUCUUCUGGAAACUCUUCUUCAAAUGGACCAGUAGUCUCAAGUAAAACAAGAAUAAGAUGGACUCAGGAACUUCAUGAGAAGUUUGUUGAGUGUGUGAAUCGCCUUGGAGGUGCUGAGAAAGCAACGCCAAAAGCUAUAUUAAGGCUGAUGGAAUCAGAUGGAUUGACCAUUUUCCAUGUCAAAAGUCAUCUGCAGAAAUAUAGAAUUGCCAAAUACAUGCCACAAUCAACUCAAGGGAAAUCUGAGAAAAGAACCAAUGUAGAGAAUGUGCAUCUUGAUGCCAAAACUGGCCUGCAAAUUAGAGAGGCUCUUCAGUUGCAGCUAGAUGUUCAGAGGCGCCUUCAUGAACAACUAGAGAUUCAGAGAAAACUACAGUUAAGGAUUGAGGAACAAGGUAAGCAGCUGAAAAUGAUGUUUGACCAACAGCAGAAGACAAGUGACAGCAACUUGAGUACUCUGAAUUUGGGCAAUACAACUAAUAAUGAUAGACCUAUUAGUUCUAAAGAUGUUCAGGUUUCAGUUUCCGAAGGGUCUAAAAGAUUACUUAUUCCUUCCAACAUAACUUAGAUCUGCAAUCUCAUAUGUUCAUAGCUCUAUUAAUAAGCAAUUAAUUUUAGGAACAGUGUUCCAACAAAUCAUACUUGUAAGAGAGUCAAACCACACCAUACAAUUUCAUUUUGGUAAGAAAAGCACUUUUGUUAUCCUUCAAGUGCAAACUUAAUAAAUUUGUCCAUAUAAGAUGAGUGUGCUACUUGUAUAUUACUUCAAAAAACAUCAUAAUUUGCUCA